AUGUUUCGGAAAUCCGGGCGUGCUCGUUCUGGAGAAACCUCGGAGUCAGUUCCACAGGUUGAAUUUGAGCUCAAGGAUCGUGAUGGGUUUAUAGAGAUUGAAUUGGGGCAUGUCGAGCCACGACGACAAAGCAUCACUUACCUACUGGUUUUGGGAAGGUCUGGAUCUGGAAAAUCAUUCCACAUUAAAAAUGCUUUUGGCAAAAAGCGAAGCGAAAUCCAACAUUCGCAUCAUAACACCACUUGUGCCAAAUCCCAAAGUGCCGUUAUCUGUGGCCACAAGUUUAGGUUUAUUGAUACACCUGGCUUUGACAAUCCAUACAUGAGUGACGCAGAAGUUCUUACAGAGAUAGGCGAUUAUUUUCUGGACCCCAGAAGGGCUGAUCUACGUGUUAACGGUAUUCUAUAUGUUCACCAAGCGGGCGAUACGCUUCACAGUAGAGCUCUCUCUCGGGUUUUCGCAGUUCUCUCAAAACAUUUCCUGGGUCCGGCAGGUUUGGGUCGGCUCACCAUUCUUGUGGCAUAUGACAACAUUUGGCAAGCCGACCCUGCGAUCGUUGACGAGUUUCACAAUCCUAACUCGGCUUUUGGCGACGCUAUUCUCAUGGGUGCACAUGUCGAGAUGUUUGAUCCCACACGGAAUGGGUUCCAAGGUGCAUUGACAACCUACAUAAAAAAACCAUCCAUUUUCCUCCCGAUACAAAAAUCCGCUCGUAUGUCCCGACCUGAGUUCCGCUCUCAUAUGGAAACCCUCUUAGGAUACUUCGAGGCAGAGACACUGGAAUUCCACCUGAAGGCCCGGGAAACAAGCCUCAGGAAUUCAUUCGAUGCUCGAUGGAAACAACUAAAUUCAGAAAUGGAAAGCAAAAACUUGCAACUCGAUCAAUGCCGCAGAGCCUAUAAAGAAAGCGAUGACCAACAUGCUGCCCAAGUUGAUGCAAUAGCAGUACUCAAUCAGAAGCUCCUACAGAUUCAUCAGGAAUACUCUUCGCUCCGGUCUCAGCUCCAGCUCCGGGAGAAUUUUGAACAGAGCGAGGUUGUCCAAGAGCUCAAGGAUCUCAAUCGUUGUAUUGACGACAUUGGGCGUUCGUUCUCGGCAUAUCUCACCGACAAAUACGUAUUUAACGUAUUUAACAGAGAUAUUAGCGAAGUUACUGCGCUAGAUGCUCACAACCUACCUGGGCUCAGGUCAUUACUAGGGCACGAUAAUCACAGACCCUCCCUAAUAUCAUCCGCUGAAGGGAUGGGAAUGGAUAUUGAAGGCUUUCUCGACUUCUGCAUUCGAACCCUGCUCUGCACCUCGCUUGAUGCCAAGCUAUUCUCACCAUUCCAUCCAUUUAUCUCCGUGGAGCAAAGUAAUGCGUUAUGUGACGUAUACAAAGAUAUCAGAGAGCGAGAACCCCAGACUGUGGCUGGGAAAUGGCGAUCAAAUACAUUCAAGAGCAUUUACAGGUCUCCGACUGCCAAUGACACAGAAGACAAAAUCAAGGAAAUAGCUUCGAAUAUUUUGAACACUCAGCUAGACCCUUUGUUCACCUAUCUCUUUGGUGAGAUUAAAAGCCCACUCAAUGUGCAUCAUGUCGAAAAACUUCAAGAGUUGGUCAAUGCAGCAUGGCUAUGGAACAUCAAGCUGAAAGGAGAAGUCAUUAUGCUUGGAGAUUUCCGUACAACAACAUACAACGCCAACUUUAACCCUAUAUACAUGGAAGAAUUUGAACCGGACACAGCCAAACCCCAAGCACAAUACGUACUUGGUACUCUUGCUAUAGGGUUGAUCUCACAACGGGCAAUUGGCGGAGACCAACUGCCAGAAGAAACAGUAGUUUGUAAAGCACUUGUGGCGACCGAAAAUCUGUAUAUGUGA